AUGUUUCGGAUGCCACCUCGUCGUCCCCGAUCUACUCGACAGAGAUACUUCCCUUCUUUUGAUGGCUCUGGUCCAGAUGGAACUCCUGUACUGAAGCUACAUGUGAACGAAGAGCAAGUAUGUCCUGCAGCCAAACAGGAGGAAGUCCAAGUCGAAAUUCCUAAGACACCCGAGCGGCAUCAUCCCAGGCAGAAACCAAACGUGGUCUCACCCUUUAUUUGUCCAAAGACUCCCAAGCGCUUGCCCCUGCAGGAUAAGAGAAUUGACCACAACAGAGGCCUGGAUAGAUACGUUCCAAGACGUGACUUCGUCUCUCCGUCGUCCGAGAGAUAUCGAACUACUAAACAAAGUCAUGACCUGUCUAGAGAAGAGCGCUUGAAGCGCAACCAAAGUGCUUCGGCAGAUCCUUUUGUUCUCAAACGUCAUGUUCUGGACCCUGACCCACGUUUUCCUUUCAGAGUUGACAACACCAGUCAAGACAGAGGCGUUGCUCUGGGCCAGCUCCCACAGAACCGAGGAGGCGAGCGCCAGGUAAGUAUGGGGGCCAUGUGGUCAGUUGGGGGUGUUGCACCCAGCACAAUUGCGGUCGAUGAUGGGCAAGGACAUCUCGUCCGACGUGGAACGAAUGCACGCUUAUUUCCCACCCCUUUUCAAGAAAGCCUUAUCAGCACGUCAGUCGAGAAAGAGAAGCACGAGGGCCGUAUUGCUUCGGCUCUGAAGAUCGAUCAGGUUCGAAAAAUCCUCGAGUUCGCAGAAAAUCAACAGAUACCUCGAGGCCCAAGAUGUCACACUCGACAGACAGAGUUCACCCAAACAAGUUGGAAUGGGUAUCAGUGGGCUAACAAAGAAGAGUGGUCUGGUAUGCUCGCUCCCAUUAAGCCAGCGAGGCAACGGCUUCUCCCAGCUGCUCCGUUCAGGGUGCUUGACGCGCCAAACCUCAAAGAUGACUUUUACUGCUCACCAUUAGCAUAUUCAGCCACCACGCACACUCUAGUUAUUUGCCUGGGGAGUAUGCUUUAUGCUUGGUCCGAGUUCCGAGGUGUUCAGUUGCUCUACGAGUGGCCAAUAGGCUGGGAAAUCACCCGGAACACAUGGCCUGGUGCAGUAUCGUUGAUAGCCAGGAUCAGCAAUAUUCACUGUCAGCAAGUAUGCGGUCUUGCAUGGUCAUAUGAUGGUCGUCUAUUCGCCUCGGGGGGUAACGACAAUCUUUGCUGUCUUUUCGAUGCUGAACAAGUUGUUGGACAACGACUUGAACCCACUAUACCAGGGAAUGGAUAUCGAGCGCGCAUUGAAGCUAGCAGCGCCUAUGGUGGUAUUGAGACAAGAGUCACCCAGCUGAUAAACAUCCCGCAGAGUGAAGACGGCUUUGCGGCACAACUACGAUUGGUGCCAAAUGCUACUGAUGCAGUCCGAUGCCUUGGACCUAGCAUCGCGAAGCAUCACUGGAACCAUGACGCUGCUGUCAAGGCUAUAGCUUUCUGUCCAUGGAGGCGUGGAUUAGUCGCUACAGGAGGUGGCUCUAAUGACAAGUGCAUCCACUUCUUCCACACUCCCUCUGGGGCCGCUUUGGCAACGAUAUCAGUAUCGGCCCAGGUCACCUCGCUCAUCUGGAACACGACCCGCCGAGAAAUUGCAGCCACAUUCGGCUACCCUUCGCCAGAGCACCCAUAUCGGGUCAGUGUUUUCAGUUGGCCCGAAUGUAGGCAAAUUGCAGCAAUACCUUGGGAGGAUGACCUACGGGCUCUUUAUGCCAUUGCUUAUCCUCGAGGGCCAACUUCUAACGACCCAACUAUUACGGGAGGGGGGCAGGAAGGAUGCAUUGUUGUUGCGUCAAGCGAUAGAAGCAUCAAAUUCCAUGAAGUAUGGUCGCGAGAAAAGGGCGUAACUGUAGGUGCCACCGGCAUUUUGGCGGGAAGCGAUAUUCUCGAGGGACUUGAAGGUAUUGACAAAGAAGGAGACGUUAUCCGUUGA